AUGUUAACUUUAAAAGUUGACUUCAAUUUCAAUAUUUACCAAAAAAAACUAUUAAUAUUUCAAUAUUUGGCGCUUUUACAUAUUAAUAAUGGAGAUAAAACUUUAGAGAAAAGACGUAAAUUAAUAGAGGACAACUUUAAAGCAGAAGGAAAGGUAUGUCCUUUAUGUCAUAAGAAGUUAAAUCAUCAUAUUUUAAUCAAACACGUUUGUAAAAUGGAUAUGGCAUCGAUUCUAAAUAGUCUUCAUAGUUUGGUCGUUGAUAUGAUGGUAUGUGUCGAUUCACAUUGUUAUACUAUUUGGUCUCACUUUUCACCCCGAAUGUAUAACACAAGUUUGAUUGGUUUGGAUAAGAAAUCAUUCGACGAUUUACAAAAAGAAACUAAAUUAACAGAAGAAGAAGUUUAUAUCUUCUUAAUUUGGCUUCGUCAUUGUAUUUCAUAUUCAGUUUUAUCUUUAUUCUUUACUCGUGAAAAGUCUUGGAUAUCAGAUUGUGUAAACAAGGGAAUUAAAGUACUUUCGGAAAUAACUAUAAAAGAGGUAAUUCCUCCGGAUUUAGAUUCUAGAAUGAGGUCGGGUGAAACAAUUAUAGAUCCAUAUGGCAAUGAACGAUAUAUUACAAUAAUUGUAGAUGCACGUAAAAAGUAUCAUACUUUUACCAAACUUGUUUAUGUUGACCCCAAGGGAAAGAUCCUCCACUUAGGUGAAAGUAACUAUGGUAGUAUUGCUGAUAUUACCUUGAUCAGAAGAACAACUAAAGGCAUUUGA